GACACUUGCCAUUUUUAUUUUAUUUCCUGCAUUAAUAGGCUACGCAUACGUGGACGCAUAGCGCACAGUAGUGACAUGGCUUGUGCUCAGCGGUAUGUCAACAAAGUUGUCAUCGUGACUGGGGGCACUAGAGGCAUUGGAAGGGGCAUCGUUAAAGUGUUUGUUCAAAAUGGGUCCAAAGUUGUGUUCUGCGCUCAAGAGACUGAGUUGCCAGCUGGCCAGUCUCUUGAGUCUGUGCUGAAUAAGGAAGGGCCGGGAUCAUGCAUGUUUUUGUCAUGUGACGUGACAAAAGAAGAUGACAUCAAGCGAUUAAUAAGUGAGACGAUUGAGAGAUUUGGACAAAUCGACUGUUUGGUGAACAACGCUGGGUGGCACCCCCCUCACAAGCCCACAGAUGAAACCACUGCUGAGGAGUUUAGAGACCUGCUUAAUUUGAACCUCAUCAACUACUUCCUUACUUCCAAGUAUGCACUGCCGUAUCUGCGCAAAACGCAAGGAAACAUCAUCAAUUUAUCCAGCCUUGUCGCCUCUAUAGGUCAGAAAGACGCAGCUACCUACGUAGCAACCAAGGGGGCGAUCACCGCCAUGACUAAAGCAAUGGCUGUGGAUGAGAGUCGCUAUCAAGUGAGAGUCAACUGCAUCUCUCCAGGCAAUGUAAUGACAUCUCUGUGGGAGGAGCUUGCUGGCCAAACCGAAAACCCUUCUACCACUAUUAAGGGGGGAGAAAAUUCUCAGUUGAUUGGUCGAAUGGGAACGGAGGCUGAGAGUGGAUUAGCUGCUCUUUUCUUGGCAGCUGAUGCCACUUUCUGUACUGGGAUAGAUUUGUUUCUAAGCGGAGGGGCCGAACUGAACUACGGCUUCAAAAGCCAAGUUCCAUAACUGAACAAUGAUGGAAAGGUCCUUGAAAUGAUAAUAUGGUUUCAUUCCUCCUCUCAGACAGCUUUUUUGAUGCUUUUGAGGCAGUGCUGCUUCAAAAUGCAACUAUUUACCAACAAAAUAUGAGAUUUUGGUUAAUUUUGUUAAGGUGCCUUUGUUAAAGUGCAAUUAUACAAAUAAGUA